GCUUCGGAAUCGUACACGUGUCUCAUCCUUAACUACACCAUCACUACCACAACCACCUCCUCCUCCUCCUCCAUCCCUUCACCAUUUAUUUCUUCCCCUUCGAAUAGUAAUAGGACUAGCUCGAUGAUACUUUGAUGAAUCCCUGCGUGUUGAUAAUAAACCUAUUAAUUGGAGUGGCAUCUACGUAUUUCGAGUAUCAGUGAUAAUCAUCGAUCAAUUAAAUUAGAAGACGAGUGAGUUUUCCUAUCCAGAGGGGGAAAGUCUACUGGUUUGCCACACUGUAUAAAAUUCCAUCGACUUUUGUCUUGCCAAGCUCGACAACUCGUUGAGUUGAAGCCUCGGAUCACAAGAUCUAGUGAAACGGCAAAAUGCCAAUUGAUUUUUAUUACUUUCCACUGAGUCCACCUUGCCGAAUGAUUUUAUUGCUCGGCAAAGCGAUAGGUGUGCACUUCAACUUGAAAUCGAUCAAUCCACUCAAGGGUGAACAAAUGAAGGCAGAAUUUGUAAAGAUUAAUCCUCAACACACUAUACCUACUAUCGAUGAUAAUAAUAUCGUUUUGUGGGAAAGUCGUGUUAUAAUGCAAUAUUUGGUUGAAAAAUAUGCCAAAGAUGAUUCGCUAUAUCCUAAGGAUCCAAAAAAACGUGGUAUAGUGGAUCAAAGAUUAUACUUCGAUAUAGGCACGUUGUAUAAUAAUAUAGGAAAAUGUUACUUUCCAAUAAUUUUUGGCAAAAAAAAUACCAUAGACGAGAAGGCUAUAGAAAAUUUAGAAAAAUCUUGCGAUGUAUUGAACGCAUUUUUAAAUGACAGUGAUUACGUUGCCGGUGAUUAUUUAACUAUUGCUGAUUUUAGCAUAUCAACGAGCAUCGUAAUGUUAGAGACAUUCGAAUUCGAUAUCAGUCGUUACGAUAAUGUGGUUGUUUGGUACGAUCGAUGCAAAACUGUCAUGGAAAAAUUUGGUUUCGAGGAAAUUCAUGCUGCUGGAAAACAAAUAUUCAACGAAGCUUAUCGUGCUAAUUUGACCGAAGUAGUUUAAUUAAGUAUGCUCGUAGAGGGAUGUAGUUGACGUAGUUGUAUAUUCAUCUGCCAAUCGAAAUUAAACAGAAUUUCUCUGGUC